GACAACCAGUCAUAUAAUGCUAAAGUGGUCUUACAUUUUCCAGGAAAAUAAAAAUAUAUCAAAACAAAGACAACCUAACAAUGGAAAAAGAAUCAGAGAAGAAGAAACCAAGAAUUCUCUGCCUCCAUGGCUUUAGAGGCAGUGCUGAAAUCCUCAAAAAAUUGGUUCUCCGGUGGCCGGAAUCCGUCGUAGAUAAAUUAGAUUUGGUUUUUUUGGACGCACCUUUUCCAGCUCAGGGAAAAUCUGCACUUGAGGGUUUCUUUGAUCCUCCUUACUUUGAAUGGUUUCAAUCAAAUAAGGAUUUUACAGAGUAUUACAACUUUGAAGAAUGCCUAGAAUACAUAGAAGAUUUUAUGUCAAAGCAUGGACCUUUUGAUGGUGUUCUUGGUUUCUCCCAAGUAAACCUUAUUACCAUUUUCUUUCUGUUUUCUGUUUUUUUUCCGGAAGCAGGCUCUCUACCUCCACAAGGUAGAAGUAAGGGAGCAGUUUUAGGUGCAGCAAUUCCAGGCAUGCAAAGGGAAAGAGUGGCUCUAACAAAAGUUCAAGAAAUAAAGUUUGUAAUCAUAAUAUCAGGAGCUAAAUUUGGAGGACCUUCAUUUGGGGUACCACAAUUAGCUGCCAAUGUAUUUUCAUCUCCUAUCAACUGCCCAUCCCUUCACUUCUUAGGAGAGACGGAUUUACAGAAAAAAGAUGGUGAAAUUCUGCUGGAGAGUUUUGUAGAUCCACAAGUGAUUCACCAUUCUAAAGGCCAUACCAUACCCAGACUAGAUGAUAGCAGCCUUGAAAUAAUGCUUGGGUUUAUUGAAAAAGUUCAAAAACUUUGAGACUGCACGAGGAAUUAAUGGUAGUUCUGGUUCCUCCACAAGAAUUCUCGAUUGUAUGACAAAUGAAUAAUGGUUAAAUGCUUUUUUCAGUUAUAUUUUCUUGAUUAUGGACAUCUAUGUAUGGGUCAAAAUCUGACCGUACGUAGAUUAGCGCUAAGAGGAAUGGUAAGAGGUCGACUAAGCCGUGGUCGUAUCCACAAGGCGUAAUAACGACGAGUAUCUCGGCCACUGUCGAGAUCGAGCCAUCAGAAAGCUUGUACGGCAAAGUAUAUGUCGUGAUACUUGAGGGGAGCGACGUAAAAUACAAUCAAGGGAUGAGGGUAUUAUGGCUAAGGACCGUUGAACAAAAGGGAAUACUUAUAAUAUAUAUAGGAGGUAAAAAGACAGAGGAGGGGGCUUCUCUCCUUCAAGAAAAAGGGACAGAAGAACAAGAGGAGAUCUCUAACGAAAAUAAAGCGAAAGUCUAGAUCUUGGUUGCAAAUCUUUGUAAUCGUCAUUGCUGAAUCAAUAAAGAUAGAUCCUGUAGCUGUCAAUGGCAUUCCUUCUUUUUCUUCUUUGUUCUUACAUUACGGAACAGUACGUCAAGAAUGUAAGCUUAUCGUUUAUGUUUGAUAUCUUUUAUAAUCUUAAAAAGGUUAUAAGCUUGAUUAUAUUUUUA